AAUAAUAUCAUUCCUUGCAUAAUUACUUAUUACUAAUAAUUCUUGCUACUGUAUUUAUACCAGUACUAUAAUAUCGAAAUAAUUUUGUAAUUCAUUGACAGAUUUUCUGUUUUCGUUCAUGGUAAUUUAGGUUUGCUUGAUAACCCUGCAUUGUUAGACGUUAUAUUACUUAAAUACGAUAUUUAAAACUAAGUGCAAUCCUUAUUAAGUACUUUUUCGAGUUUUUCGUCUUGCACUCAUUGUGGUACGUGCAGUUUUAUUACUCGUUCUUUAACUAAGUUGUCUCAGGUUUGGAUUCCGUUUUGCUGUGGUUAUUUUUUGUAAUCAAAGCGAACAAGUCGUGAUUAAAUUAAACAAGAGAAACGAAAGCUUUAAAAAAACCUGAUUUUUAUAUACAAACGAAAAACAAAGGAAAAACCAUAAAUUUAGAAUUUUGAAAGAAGUAUACACUGAAAAGCUCGCUUCGUUGGAUAUAAAAGAAGAGGAGUUUUAACAAGAAGAAAAAAAAAGGCAGCGAACUUCUAGGAAUUUAAAAGUGUUCUACUGUUUAAUUAAAUUAGUGCAAAAUGAUGUCUAAUGGCUUGGACUCCAAUGUGGUUGGACAACAGAAUGGCGGCAAUGUCAACCAGGUCGGUAGCCAGGAGGAAUCCAAAACCAACCUCAUCGUAAACUACCUCCCGCAAACUAUGACGCAAGAAGAAAUAAGGUCACUAUUUGCAAGUAUAGGAGAAGUAGAAAGCUGUAAAUUGAUUAGGGAUAAAGUUACUGGACAAUCACUUGGUUAUGGAUUUGUGAAUUACCAUAGACCUGAAGAUGCAGAAAAAGCUAUCAAUACCCUGAAUGGUUUGAGAUUGCAAAACAAAACCAUAAAGGUUUCCUUUGCAAGGCCCAGUUCAGAAGCAAUCAAAGGUGCAAACUUGUAUGUAUCAGGUCUACCAAAGAAUAUGACCCAGCAAGAUCUAGAAACUUUGUUCAGUCCUUAUGGCCGCAUAAUCACUUCUCGUAUAUUGUGUGAUAAUAUUACUGUACGUCAGUUUGUCAUGGGGGACGGAGAAAAUUUGCCUGGUCUUUCUAAGGGGGUUGGAUUCAUAAGAUUCGACCAACGUCUAGAAGCGGAACGUGCAAUCCAAGAAUUGAAUGGUACAAUACCAAAAGGUUCCACAGAACCCAUAACCGUAAAAUUCGCAAAUAACCCUAGCAACAAUAAUAAAUCAAUUCCACCACUAGCAGCAUAUCUUACCCCACAAACAACAAGACGAUUCGCUGGUCCAAUCCAUCAUCCAACAGGGCGAUUCAGAUAUUCUCCUUUGGCGGGUGAUCUGUUAACCAAUUCAAUGUUGCCUGGCAAUGCCAUGAACGGGUCUGGGUGGUGUAUUUUCGUUUAUAAUUUAGCCCCCGAAACCGAGGAGAAUGUCCUCUGGCAACUGUUCGGUCCAUUUGGUGCCGUACAGAGCGUAAAAGUGAUACGCGAUUUACAAACCAACAAAUGUAAAGGAUUCGGCUUUGUAACGAUGACAAACUACGAUGAGGCGGUAGUUGCCAUUCAGUCGUUGAAUGGUUACACGCUUGGUAACCGUGUGUUACAGGUUAGCUUCAAAACGAACAAGACCAAGACAACAUAGAUUGGCCAAAAUGAUGAUUUCAGGCCGUCUCCAGUGCGUUUUUAAUCGUUGCGUAUUCUCGGAACAAAAUUUCAACUCGAGUUGGUUGGUGCUAAAAUUUAUGCGAAGAAAUCUUUAUCGAUAUCCUCCCUCUAGCAUGUUUUACUGUUGCAGCUAGAAUGUUAUUGAAAACUGAAAUUUUUGAUCGGGUCUCAUUCCGAUUUAGAUCCUUGGUUGUCAUAUUUUUUGGUGUCUGAUGUAUUCUCAUAUUUUUUAGCAUUGAGUCAAAAAGUCAACUUGGGUUUAAUGUGUGAGCACAUCUUAACCUAAAGUCCUUCCUAACAGAUCGGCACAAAUCCUAGUGAAUUUCAAUAAUGAAUAGCUAAUUUUUUUGAUAACGAGAAAGCGCGACGAUCUCUAACGCAUCUCUACUCUUAAGUUAAGUACUUACCUACGAAACUAGUCAAAAGUGCAUUCGCAUUUCCUAUAGCAAACGUUAUAAGAUCUGAUUUGUAAUCAUUGUGCCAUCACCAUUCGAUUUUGUCAUUUUUUUGAAAACUACCCAAAGAAAACUAAGUAUUAUUAUAUACAUAUAAACAUUUAAUUAUUCGUAUAGUAUUUAUUAUUAUAACUGCACUCUGUGUAAGAUCAUGGUGUAUUACUUAUAAUCAGUUUAGUAUAAUUUAUGUAUUUAUAUGUAGUGAAUUGUGGAAUUUAACGAGUAUUUACAAAAUGAGCUAGUCGUAGUGUGACUUCAUGCGGAUCCUCAAAUGUUCUGUUCUUUAUCAAGCUUGAUGGGCUGAGCCAUGUUGUCACUCAAGUCUUAUUGUGUUCGCUUUGUGGACGGACAUUGUAACACAAUGGAUUUACAUUCUUGUUAUAUAUUAACAGAAUUUCAUGAAAAAUAUAAUACUCAGGUUAUUAAAGAAAAAUUUUAAAUUAAUUUCAACGUUAAAUCCAGAUUUAUUUCGAGAAAUAUUGAAUUAAUAAGAAUUGUGAUUAAAAAUUGCCAAUCACCCAAACACCCAAAACCAAAGAUUGUAGUCAAUCAAAGAAGAUAUAUAUUAUAUAUAUACAUGUAUAUUUAUACUUGAAGGAUUAUUUUCUAUAGAUCCCUAUGCUGUGAUUGGUACAAAUAAUUUCCAUUUCUUUGUAUAGGAAUCGGUCACAGCAUAUCAGGAUCUUAAGGAGUUCAUCCUCGAUGUCAAUUUUUUUAUCAUAAAAAUAAAUCUGAGUUGAAAAUCUAGUCUCACAAAAACAAAUCUAUCAAAUUUAAUCCUUUUGUUACAAUGAAUCGUGGUUCUAUUAUCCUCUUAGUGUGUUUGUGAUUUUUUUCCGAUUUCUCUUGCUUAUAACUGCGGUUCGUUUGAUAUAUGCCUAAAAGGGUUUUAUUGAGGCCAAGGCAGAUAUUGCACUUUUCAAUUUUGAUUAUUCAUCACUUGAAGGGUACAUUAUUUUUUAUCAAACAUAAUACGACCGAUCAUCGUUAUUUAUUAUUUUAUUUUGAUUUGAAAGUAUUAUUUUUAUUUCAUCGUCACCUCAUUUUUUCUUUAGGUUUGGUUUGCAGAAUUUGUAUUUUUUCAAUUAUUUAUUUAAUUUAAAGGAAACUAUGUUUGGUUUAUUAGUUUCAACUCAUAUUAAUUAAAGUUUUUUAUGAUUUGAUUUUUCUUGUUUUUUUCAGUUUUACCUUUAGAGAAUAUGUUUUUCCAAGCGUUUACUCGCAUUUUACUAGUCGAUAUUGGCGCUAUUAUCCAUGCACAAGUGAUACGCACAGUUUUCUCAACUCUCCUAAAGUUAUUUUGUAUCAAAAUCUGUUUGCACAGAAGAGAUAUUUUGAUUGGAAAGUUCUCAAGACACCCAACAUUCUAAAAGUAAUAAACAUUUUACCUCAUCUCGUUGAACUCAAAAAUUUUAAAGGAGGAUAUCUUCGAAAUUUUCGAGUUUAAUUAUUUUAAAAAGUCAACUGUAGAUAAAUUGGAGGUGAUAUAUUGGCGCAAUCCAUAUAUGUAGAAUAAUUCUAAUUUCAAAGUGAUUCUAUAGAUAAUCUUCUGCAGUGAUGAAAGUGAGACAAAAAUCAUUUGUUAUCAUUUAAUUAUGAUACUCGGGUUAUACAAGCAAGAAUAUUUAUUUUUUAUUUGCAGUAAUUGUCAGAUGUUCAGAGGAACUUUAUAGGGAGGUGUAUAAAUGAGAUACAUAUGCAGUUAUUAUGAUACAAAAUGUAUAAAGGGAAAUGGAAAGCACAGAAAGACUAAUAUCGAAAAAAUGUCAGUUGUUUAAACAGACAAGGGGAUAAUAAAAAUAUCAGGUGAACUGAAUAAUGUGCAAUCCCAGGGAAAAAAUCUUCAUUUGAAAAAAAUUCAUGUGCAAUAAAUAAGAGGAGAAAAAUAUUCGUGAACUCAGGAAAACAAAAGUAAUAUUUAAAAUACAUAAAUGUAAGACAUGAGGGGUCAAAUUCUAAACAAAGCGGAAGUCACCCAUAUGAACAUCGUCAUUUUUUUUACUGUUCGACAUUUAUUUGUUAGGUAACAGUGUUUUGAAUAAAUAGUUUAUACUUAAUGGUGAAAGAUGAAACUGGCCUAAUGGUAAAAACAUAGUGUAACUCCAUUUUACAGAACAACGAUCUAUAAAAAUGAUAAUUAUUAAUUACCAAAUAUGUGGGCAUCACUACAUUGCUUGUUUUAACAUCUAGGCUUCUAUUUAAACUAAUUACUAGCCGUUAUUACGCUUUCAGAUAAAUGCUUUUGUCUCUUUUGAUAUGUAUAUGAAUAUUAAUUGAUAUAAUUCAGAUGUAUUAUAAUGAUUACGUACAAGUAUUACGUAUUUUUCGACAUAAGGAAUAUCUCUUUGUGUAUUGUGUAGAUCUAUAGUGUAAAUGUAAGAUAGUUCAGUACCUAUGUUACAUUACAAACAUAUAUAUUUUCUUUGGUUAAAUACUUUCUACAUGUGUGUAGCUGUUGUGUUGCAAGCAUGAGAACUGAUUCUCUUUUUGGGAAAGCCCUCAGUUCUCUUGCUUUGGACGGUGCUGUUCAGCUCAGUCCGGUCCUGGCGCCUUAUAAGGCCCAUAGCUCAAAUAUUGUUGUGACGAGAUAUGCAUUCCAUUAUUUAAGGAUAUCAAUCAGUGGCGAUAUUGUAUGUAUACAUAUAAUGCCAACUACUUAAAGACCGUACUGGCCAAAAUUGUCAGUGUCCACAUGGAAGUUUCACUUAUUUAAAGCCAGCAUUAUUGCAUUAAUCUUUUUCGUAUGAUCACAGAUUCAUUAAUAUUUUCAGUUCAGUUAAAUCAAUGGAUCAGUUUGCAACACUACAUUUCUUAAUUAUUUGAAGAGAGUGUUUUGUUUUAUCAUGAAUCUCACCUGCCGUGGCUGUGACCAAAGAAAUAAGAAAAGGCAAUAAUGCAAAAUUCUUAAUUCUUCAUUAUAUGGGUGGAUUUGUCAUGUUUUCAAGUGGAAUUCCAAAUUUUGGGCAGAACGUUUAUUAUUGGAUAGUGCACCGUGUUUAUUAUACUUUUAACUUAUUGAUACAAAUGCAAAAAGUAUAUGUACAGAGGUUAUAUAUUAGGAAGUGCAGUACCUCAACUGUAAUUCAUGCAAUAACUUAUUAUAAGAAAUUUCUUAUUAACAAAAUUCCUAGCUUUAGAAUAAUUGAAAAACUUAAGGGCAAGGUUUGUACAGUGAUGACCUCUGACAGUACCUUGUAGGGAGAAGAAUUCCUCAGAGUUCAAUGCCACCUUUACUUCAACUUCCAUUGAACUGCGUAGGAUGUCCCAUUUCGAACUAGUUGCUCGCUUAUCAAAAGUAUGACCUCUUGCAAACGAUAAAUUGUAGAAAUUUUACAAGCAUAUCGCGUUACCCUCAAAUUUUUGAUUGAAAUACCAAAUCUUUAAGCUAUUCGAAUUGAAAUGGGAAUUCUUACAAAUUUAUGGCGGUGAAUAGUAAACAAGUCGAAGUAGACAGUUGCACAUAUCUCUGCAUCGAUAACUCGCGUGUUGAAUCGCUGUAAGCGGUAACCAUAUCAGCUUAGGCUUCUUAAGCGACUUUCAAGGCCCGAGUGGUACCUUCAAUCAGGGAAACUGAACUGAAUAAUUAUGUAAAAAGUUUUUUUUUGCCAUUUCAAUUCAAAUCUCCUCAUUGAUUAUUGAUAUAAUCCCAUGUAUGUAUAAUGAAUGUACUCAGACUUUGUGAUCAAAAGACAUACACAACUAUGUUCAAUUUCCUACAAACACAGAAACACCAAUAUUUCAUUUGUAAUAUACAUGUUUGCACAAUGUUUCACUUUGUAUAAGCUAGAUAAAAUGUACGAAACUCAAUACUCACGUGCUGUGUAGAAUUUUUAAUAUCGCAAAAUGAUUUUUAUUUUCGAGCAAUCACCGAUUCCAUGAUUUGUAUAUGAUAUUAUACUGUUAAAUUGACAUUCAUCAGUUCUUGAAGUUACGGGUGUAGCGAAGCUUAUUAGAUUUAGCUCAUUGUAGACUGAUCUUCUAUUGUUUAGUUCAGAUUCAUGAGUUUGAUGUAAAAGAUGUCUGCUCUCUAGUUUGGGAUGGCUGUGUAAGCUGAAUAUCAGCUUGUUGGAUAGUAAAGAUCAGUAACUGUUCUGUUAAUGAGUUCAUUUAAUCUAGAAGCUAGAAACUGGUACAUACUGGUGUAUAUCGCCUGUUCAGGUAGACAUCAAAGUUCAUUUUGUAUGUUUAACAAAAUCAAUGUUUGUAACCAUUCAUCGAAAACUUCCAAGAUUUACUAAAGCAAUACUAGCAUUCGAGGUAAAUCAAUAUCCCUUGUGGAUAAAAGUGAUAUGUAUAAAGUUUCGAAUCAGUGUAAAUUUGAUGUUCUACUUCCCGAAAAUAUUUUGUGAAAUAAAUUGGAUAACAUGAAAUCCAAUCAGUAAAACGGGUAAAAUUGUGUAUGGUGAACUUUGGAGUUUACCGUGGAUAUACAGUUACCAGUUAAGCUCUAGAGGUCUUGGCAUAGUCAAGAAAAAUAAACCUGGAAGCUAGCCAAUUUUUUAAUGCAACAGUGACCAUUGGAUAUUGCAAAUUCAUGGAACGAAUAACAUGAUACUGUUGUAUAUUCCAGGCUAAAAGUCGAUGUAAUGCAAUAUUUGUACUUUUCCAUGUUGAAACUCGAUAACAAUAAAGUAUAAAAGCUA